GGAAGGAGAGAAGGGGAGGAUAGGUAUUGUGUAAGAUUGUUUGUGUGUCACCGGAGAGAGAUGGUCCAGGACAAUACGUGGCUGACGGGCUCUAACUCCAAUAUAAUUCAUUCAUCUUUGUGUGUGUGUGUGUGAGGGAGAGAGGAAGAGGGAGAGAGAGAGAGUAGGGGGUGUCAAAGAGUGUUCCUGCUCGUCUCGCUCUACAAGUUAAAUCAGAAGCAGCAACUGGGACUCCGUGGCCGUUUCAAUCUCAGCUUGUCCUGAAAGCAUCAGCCGCCUCCCUGUUCAGCGCCACAGGACUCACCAAGGCCCGUGCCCAAAGGCCCGCUUUGCCCGCGCCCCCCGCUGUCAGGGUCUCGUCUUCAAAGUACCAGGACCCGACGCUUGAAAGGCAAAAUGCAGAACGUAACGACGGAAGCAGGGGACGGAAUCAAACUGGCCUGCGGCAUGUCUGGGAACCAUGACUUCAUCUUCACCCUGGUGCCUAUUGUCUACGGCUGUAAUUUCAUCAUUGGCAUAGUUGGAAACAGUAUGGUGGUCGCCGUCAUCUACUGUUACAUGAAGCUGAAGACAGUGGCUAACAUAUUCGUCCUCAAUCUCGCCAUGUCCGACCUCACCUUCCUCAUAACGCUGCCCAUGUGGGCUACUUUCACAGCCACGGGUUAUUAUUGGCCAUUUGGGGGAUUCCUCUGCAAGGCGAGCGCGGGGUUGAUCAUAUUUAACCUCUACACCAGCAUUUUUUUCCUCACAGCGCUCAGCAUUGAUCGCUACCUGGCAAUUGUUCACCCUGUGCAGUCCCGUAGAUUCCGCACCGUUGUGUACGCACGCAUAACCUGUGUGGUCAUCUGGCUUUUUGCAUUCGUCCUGAGUGUGCCGACCGCAAUGACCCGCGAUGUCCACAUCAUCGAGAACAAAACCGUGUGCGCCAUCCUCCACCCCACCAUUCAAAGUCCCAGGAUGAAGGAGCUGCUUCUGGCUUUGUCUUUGAUGAAAAGCCUUCUGGGUUUCUUGGUGCCGUUCAUCAUCAUCAUCACCUGUUACUGUCUAAUUGGUCGGGCGCUUCUGAGAGCGAGACAUAUUCAGAAAAGCUCCCGGUCAAGGGACGACGAGGUGUUGCGCAUGCUAGCAGCAGCUGUUUUGGCCUUCUUCCUGUGCUGGGCGCCCCAUCAGGUGUUCAACCUCAUGCAGACUCUGACACAGCUGACACCCGGGGAGAACUGCCCGAUCCUGGAAAUCAUCGACACGGCCAUGCCCUUCACCAUCUGCAUCGCCUACUUCAACAGCUGCGUCAACCCCAUCAUAUACGGCUUUGUGGGACGCAACUUUCGGAAAAACCUACUGCGCUUGUUGCGCUGCUCGCCCAGCGGCGCUCCUGGGCCACACCCCAGCAUCAGUUCCAAAAUGAGCACCUUGUCAUUCCACACCACCGAGGCCCUGAGUCUUACAACCAAAAAUAAAAACUCAUCUGAAGUCAAGUGAGAAAAUUGUAGCACGUUUUGGUGAAGGGGCCAAAGAAGGAGGGAGGUCACGUUAUUUAAAAACCCCAACUGAAUUAACAAGCACUGAACCAUGCCGAUGUUUAUGUCAAGCUGAAUAUUCUUGAAUACCUCUACACAAAGGUUGUGUUGGAGUGCAGGUUUUGUACACAAAAUUGCUGAAAACACACAAAAGCAAUCAGAGCUGAUGUGUUACUUCCAUCUACUGAGUUUGGUGAGUGAGCUACAGUUUGUCCUCGAACUCCAGAUUCCAGUUGCCAGAACACCGGCCCACACCAACCUCUCUGUAUGUUAGUCUGAUCUGUAAUGUACAGCUACAAUAUAAAGUCAAAACUUAUUUUGGUUGUAGCAUGGAGAACAGAAUCACAUAGAUGUUGCUUGUUUGUUGUUCUAAGCAGUAAACAAAGAUGCUAAAAAAAUAAGUCAACAAUAUUGUGCCAUGUACUAUUGUGCUAGUGAGAGUAAAGAGGUUUGGUUACUGAUGUUGACAGAGCUAACACACACAACAACCACCAACAAAACAGAGUCUUCGAUCUAUAUAUUUCAGAUAUGUGUCAAAUAUGAACCAAGCCUGGAUGUGUAAGUGUAAUGUUACACCCUCUGCAUUGCAUGUAAUUAUCAUGUCUAUAGUGGCUAAGAUUGUAAAUGUGAGUCUCUCAACAUGGUGAGGAUCCAGAAAUCUGUCCUGUAAUUUAUGUACCGUGUGCAUGCGCUGCAGGAUUUAGCCGCAAAUGCGCCUUGAGGACACCAAGCAGUAAUACAUCGUCCAGUGAUGACCAUUUUGUGAGCUCAGCAGCUCUUUCAUCAUUCCAAACAGUGAUCAAAUGCACAGCAACGACGCCAAAGCUAGAGAGAAAUAAGUACACCAGGCAUGUCUUGCUAGUAGCUUUGAAACAACUGGAAACAACUUGGUGAACAUUCAUAUCGGCCAUAAACAUAACCUAACACUGUGGUAUUGUCAGUGGCAACAUUAUCUAAAAUGUGUUUGGGAGGCAUGUGAGGCGCUUGUUUAUUUGACACUUGUAUUUAAACACGUUGAUGUAUAUUUUUGUUUUUAUU